CAAGAUUAUGUCUUAAAAACACAAACUGCCCUCAAGCAAAAAAGUUUAUCCUAUUACAAACUCUGGAUAGGAAUCGCCUACAUAAACUUAAUAAGAGGAUAUAUAAAAAACAAUCUCAUUAGAUUAGCCAUAAAAAAAGAAUGAAAAUGUAAAAUUGAUCACAGAUGAAUAUGUAUAUUUCUUAUUUAAGGAAAGCCUCCUAUGACAUAGGAAAUAAUGAAAUUAAAGGAAAAGCUAUAAUUGAUAGAUAAAGAUUCUCUCACAUUUAUAGAGAUUGAAAAAGGAGAUGUUUAUUAUUUCGGUGAUGUAAUAUUUAACAUGAAAUGUGGGUUUGGUAAAUAGUUCGAUAAAAAUACCUUAAGCUAUUAUUAAGGUGAGUUUUUAAUGGAUUAAUUUCAUGGCAAAGGUACGUUAAUUUAUUAGGAUGGUACAAUAAAGGUAAAUAUAUAUUUUUCUAAUUUAGUAAGGUGUAUUUUUUUAGGGUAAACUAAUUGAGGAAGCAUUUCCUUUUUUAUAACCUUCUUAUGAUUUGAAAUUGGAAGUAUUUGAAAGUUAUUUAAAUGGUGCAAAUUUUACUGGAUUAUUUGAUGAAAAUGGAAAAAGAAGUGGAGUUGGUAAAUAUAUAUGGAAUGAUGGUUCGACUUAUUUUGGAGAAUUUUCUGAUGGAACUUUUAAUGGAUAUGGUUAGAUGAGUUUUUCAAAUGGUAAUAAAUAUUUGGGAGAAUGGAAGAACGGGUUGAUGCAUGGGAUUGGCAAUUUCACUUGGAAAUAACCUAAUGAAGAAUAUAUUGGUCAAUAUAAAAAAAAUAAAAAAAAUGGAUUUGGAAUUCAUAAAUUUUCUGAUGGAAGAAAAUACAUAGGUUAUUUUCUUGAAGGUAAAUUUAAUGGUUAAGCAUUAUUGUAAAAAAAGAAUCAUUUAAAUAAAGUUUCAUUUUGGUAAGAUGGAAAUUAAAUAAUCGAAUAAACUUAAUACACAAGUGAAGAAAAUUUUUGA